CCCUUUGCCGUAAAAGACGUUUGGUAAAUAUGUUUGAUUGUGAAAGAGGACAUAUCACCACCAUUGACUCGACCCACCAGUAAUUGUCACGUGCCAUAUUGACAUUAAAUCGAAACACAAUCUCCUGCCAAAUGCAUGACUUCGUGAAAAUUGAUUCACUUUUGCGACGUCACGGUUAUUGAACGCGAUAACAUUUAUACAGACCCGAAAAUAUAUACUCCAUGUACAUCGUAGCACCCACAGUCACUCUCCACCGAACAGUCUCGCAGACAAGACGCAUCAUUCUAGCAGUAAGAACCUGAUCACCAUCCAAAAUGGCACCUGCAAAUCCUCUUAUCCGUGACAAAUCUUACAUUGGAGGUGCAUGGGUACCUGCCAAGUCAGGAGCGACCUUUGCAGUGACCAACCCUGCAACAGGUGAAUUGAUAGCUAACGUGACGGACAGUGGUGCUGCGGACACUGACCGUGCCAUCGACGUCGCUCAUACAGCCUUCAAGACAUGGAAGAAGACCACCGCAACGGAAAGAGCUGCAAUCCUCAACCGCUUUGCACAACUGAUGGAUGAAAACGUAGAAAACCUGGCCAAGAUCAUCAUUGCGGAAAAUGGGAAGAAAAUGGCCGAGGCCCAGGUUGAAGCUCAGGGUGCGGCAAGUUGCCUCCGAUACUAUGCCGAGGAGGCGACAAGGACUACCGGUGACGUCCUGGUGCCCCAUGCCAGGGGCAAGAGGGUCCUGGUUAUCAGACAACCAGUGGGCGUGGCUGGUCUUAUUACCCCUUGGAACUUCCCAUUGGAGAUGAUAACCAGGAAAGCUGGAGCGGCUUUGGCAGUUGGGUGUACCAUGGUGAUCAAACCGUCAGAAGACACUCCAUUGUCUGCUUUAGCUCUCUGUGACAUGGCUAAGAAAGCGGGUGUCCCAGACGGUGUCUUCAACGUCGUACCCUGUUCCCGACCUAACGCUCCAGCUGUGGGCAAGGUCAUGUGCGAGAGCCUGCUGGUAUCCAAGAUAUCCUUCACUGGUUCUACAGCCGUAGGAAAGAUUCUGUUGAGUCAGGCUGCUAGCACCGUCAAGAAGGUCUCCCUGGAGCUAGGAGGAAAUUCUCCUCUCAUCGUCUUCGAUUCAGCAAAUCUCGAGGCUGCAGUCAUGGGGGCCUUCUUUCUCAGGUUCUACGGCGCGGGCCAGGUGUGUGUCAGUGCAAAUCGCAUCUUGGUGCAAGAAGGCAUCUACGAUAAGUUCUGUGAGAAGAUGAAACAGCAUGUAUCAGGUAUGGUGGUCGGUAAUGGGAUGGACCCAAAGACGUCGAUGGGACCCCUCAUCAACCAACGAGGUGUGGAGAAGGUGGAAAGACAUGUCCAGGACGCGGUGAAGCAAGGCGCUCGUAUCCUGACGGGAGGUAACCGGUCGAAACUAGGAGGGAACUUCUUUGAGCCAACCGUCAUCUGCGAUGUGCCCACAACUGCACUACCAUGUACAGAAGAGACUUUUGGUCCCUUGGCUUCCAUAGUCAAGUUCAAGACCGAAGAGGAGGCGAUCACCAUCGCCAAUAACACCCGUAUGGGACUAGCGGGUUACUUCUAUUCCAACGACAUGAGUCAGAUCUGGCGCGUCGCCGAGGAGAUGGAAGUCGGUCAGGUUGGCAUCAACGACACUUUCUUCUUCAAUAACGCCGCCCCAUUUGGAGGUGUCAAGGAGUCUGGUCUGGGUGUGGAAAGUUCCAAGUACGGGCUACACGAGUUCCAGAACAUCAAGACCAUGGGCUUUGGCCUCCUCUGAGAAGCGUCAUCAUGAGAUGGUGCCGAAGACGAUUAGAUGCAACAGAAUGCCUUGACUGAGCAACUAAAAGAAAAUAGGGCCCAGAUAUUAAAGAAAUUGCCUUAGUGAUCGUUGGAAAAGGGUUUUUGUGAACACUGUAAAUUUACGUAGUCUAAACUCUAUUCCAUACCCCCCCCCUCUCUCUCUCUCACUCUCUUUUUCUCAGUACCUGUUUGUAUAUUUAAUUACUUUCUAGAGAUCUGUCUACAGUAAAUUCUGCAACCGAAUCAAGUAUCAAUUGCCCUUGUUUUCUACAUUUCCCAUUUCCCAUGUAAUUCAUUUGUUAUUGGUGUUAUAUGAUCCGCGGAUUUCUUGAUGUCUUGUCACUCUCUGUACCCAGGAGAUUAAAUGAGGACCUGGUAGGAUGUCAAGAGCCAUUAAUUACUGUACAUAAUUAUCUGCAUUCCUUUUGUAACGUAAUUGCGACGUCACAACCACCACGACUCAACUUAAAAAACAAUUCGAGUAUGAAACAAACUUUCUUAUAUACGUAAUAUUACCAUGGAUAUGCGCAUGGUCUAAAAUGAUAAAGGGUAUUAAAUUCAUUCAAUGCAAUGUUCGAGUUAAGUACAUCCUAUAGAUUCACAUUUUGACACUCGAUUCGGUACAUUAGUUUCCAUUGCAUGGUGAUUACUAUAAUCAUCGAUUCUAUACUUAAUGCUAGUUCUUUUUAGACAAACUCUGAUAUAUGUAAAUCAAUUAUAUUGUAUAUGAAUGCAAAUGAUCAAAUUGAUUAAAAUCAAUCUAUAGAAAAUUA